AGUGUGCAAUCAAACAACGAUUGAGAUUAAAAGACAUGCUUUUUAUGGAGAAACAGAGGAUGGGGGCGGGGAAAUAAAGAUUGUAGCUCCACACCUCUGCUUAUUUCCUUUCACUUGAUUUUUCUUGUCACUUGCUCCACACAUUUGUUCUUGUCAGUCACCCGCAAGAUGGAAAAACUCUCUGCUGAUGACUCUUACGACGCUCCUGCUCCUUGGAGUUCAAGGAAUCGCAACCCAGAUCCAGACCAACAACCUUACAACCCCCUCAACCCCACAAUCUGUUAAUGUUACCACAUCCACUGCCCCACAGACCCAAUGUCUGAACAUCAUCCAAAAUAUUACUAAGUCUGUUCUGUACCAGCUGAAAUUAAAAUGGAUAAAAGGGAGUCCAUGUGAAGGUCAGCUGUAUCUAUAUACUGGUGAGCGUAAAAUGCCUUUGUGCUCUAACAGUUACAAAGGCAGGUGGUGGAAUGAAGUGUGUAAGGACACAAGAUGUGGAGACUUCAAGAGUUAUAAGCCCACUUCAAGCCAAACUCCAUCUUUUAUGCUCACAAGCAAUAUGACAAUCAUCGAUACUACUGAGUGCAACGGCCUGCAUAUCAUGUGCCAAGAUUCUCAAGGAAGAGAGUUGGCUGCUUAUAAAGCAGUAACCGGCAUAUUAAUUUUCUUGAUCUUGGGUGUCAUUCUGCUUCAGUUCAGUCGGCCCAUGUACAAAGCCAUCCGCAAAAGAUUUUCACAAAAACGGCAGAGUCGCUGGAUCGGCCCGACUGAGAGUGUGUGCUAUCACAGAGGUCAAGGUCCCGCAAACAAAAACACAGAGAAGAGACAGUCCUUUCCUGGUUUGGAGAGGCUGACGGUAAACCAGAGCAGAGAGCCCUCAUCCAACAGAAACAGUGACUAUGACUCAUACGGCAACAGCUGAAGGCCUGUGCUCACAAAAGACUUACUGACCCUAAGCAGAACUCUCUCGUCAUCAACAAUCAGCAGAUUUUACAUUACACUGCUUCGGUUGUUUGGCAAGUCAAGAAAGGUGUAUAUAUAUCUUUGAAAAGUGCCGCUGAGAAAUCCAUUUAGGAUAAAAUGUAAAAAAGUAAAUUGUGAUGAUUUAGUCUCAGCAUAACCACACUUAGCAGGCUUCAUUUUAUUUUAUUUUUUAUUUUUUUAUGUUUUGUAAUGACUUGAUUUUGCUAUAUUUGUAUUUUGGUAUUGUUUUUAAAUAGUCAGAAACAAAAUAGGAUUUUGCCUAUGUUCUGAAUGAUAUAGGCUUUUUAAAAAAAAAAUUAUUUAUGCAAGUGAUUGAUUUUUGAGUUGAAGUAUGAAUAAUUUUAAAUAAACUACAAAGACAAUCAUUUAGAUC